AUGACACUGAAAGCUCCUUCCAUGCAAGAUGCGCCAGCGUUCUAUCGCAAUCUAGAAGACGCUUUGGACUCUCGCCGCAAGGACCAUGCUCUAUACUCGAUCCACCGAGACACAUGGAAGGACAAUGCAUCCGUCGACUUCUGCUCGAAUGAUCUCAUAUCUUUGGGCAACAGUGGCAUGCUCCGGAAAGAAUAUAUGGAGGAGCUUGCACGUUAUCCGGAUCAUCCACUCGGCGCAGUGGGUUCAAGAAUGCUUGACGGGAACUACGGAUACUUAGAGCAGGUCGAGCAAGAGAUUGCAGAGUUCCACGGGUCAGAGCACGCCCUCAUCCUUGGAUCAGGGUUCGAAGCCAAUCUCGCUAUCUACUCAGCGAUACCACGACCUGGGGACGCCAUCGUUUAUGAUGAACUUGUCCAUGCUAGUAUUCAUGACGGCAUGAAGAAGAGUCUCGCAACCACUCGAGUGCCAUUCAGGCACAACGACAUGGACUCUUUUCGAUUACAAUUACAAGCCAUCAAGGAUUCUCAGCCUAUGAUCAGACAAGGUCAAAGAUGUGUUCUCGUCUCGGUCGAGUCGGUAUACAGCAUGGAUGGGGAUGUCUGUCCUCUAAAGGAACUCUUAGCGACCGGGCGCGAGGUUUUCCCUCUAGGCAAUAUCGAGUUUUUCAUCGACGAGUCGCACGCGACGGGUGUCGUCGGCCCGCAAGGUGCAGGCCUGGUAAAUAAGCUUGGCCUGGAAAAGGACUUCGCAAUCAGACUGCAUCCUUGCGGUAAAGCAUUGGCAUCCGUAGGAGCAGUGUUGCUAUGCAACGCUACCGUCCGGACUGCCAUGUUCAAUUUUGCCCGUUCGAUCAUCUACACGACAGCGCCUCCCUUCACCGGAGUAGCGGCAAUCCGCUCUGCAUACAAUCUGAUGCGGACCGGCCGUACGAAAGAAGUACAAGAUCGCGUCCAGCAUCUCGUCAAGCUCUUCUGCACCACGAUCACAUCCGAUCCGAUAUGGGGAAAAGCUAACGAGAUGGGCAUUCUACGUGUUCCUGUCAGCGAGGGCUGGAAGGACAAGGAAUUCUUCACCCACCUUGUGCCCAUCUGGACCAAACAACAAUACAACUACUACUUAGCGUUCCACCUUAGUCUCAACGGCUUCUGCGCUUUCCCAAUCACCUACCCUGUAGUUCCAAAGGGCAAAGCAAGGGUCAGGAUCACCAUUCAUGCGCACAACACCGAAGAGCAGGUCAAGCAGAUCGUAGCCGCUAUCUGCGCGUGGGCGACAGAAAUGGUGGAGAUCGAGGCCGGAAAGGGUGGUGAAAAUGCCCUGCCCAAGGCCGCGCAGCAAGUCUACGCCUGGAUGGCGCAGGAGGCCAUUGCCGAGCUUCAGGUGGGAGAGGAGAAGCUGAAGGUAGAAGAUGAUAAGCUCAAGGUAGUGGACUUUGAGGGAAAGCGGAACGACAGCGGGACAGCUUUGAAUGAUCUUCCGGAAUUGUACAUGGCUCAGUCCACUGCUGCUUAA